AUGGCUACGACGGAGUCCAGUGCCGCUAAUUCGGCAUCUCAAAUCCAACCUGGCUACUCCAUUGAUCCCUCCUCUGUCUCAAGAUCACGUACCUGGAUUACUGGUGCUUCCGGUUCUGGCGCUAUCAUUGAUGAUCCUUGUGACAAGGGCAAGAAGAAGCCUGUCUGGAACAAGCCUUGUACCAGCUCCUCCCCUCUUAUGGGCGCCGAUUCCUGGCCUGCUUUGUCUCUAUCUUCACACAAGUCCCCAUCUUUAGAUUCUUCCAAAGGUUUAUCGCCAAUGCCGCAGGCUCCUCUCAGUUCCAGUAUCAACGCUAGUGCUGCUACUUCAUCAGAUAACCUUAAUGUUAAUAGCCAAAGGAAACCUUUUAGACGAAAUAACUCCACCUCAUCUAAACCCCCAAAUGCUUAUCAGAGGAGUGGCUCUGCAGCUUCUCAGUCCCGUAGGCAUCACAACAAUGGCAGCUCUUACCCUCCUCCUGGGGAUGGGCUUUACCUCGAGCAUGGGCACCAGAGCGGCCUUAACUCUAAUAAUGGGAGAGGAGACAUGCACUUGCAACCGCAGAGGGGUUUUGGGAUGAUGAGACCGCAGAUACUGAUGGGGUCACCAUCUUUUCCUGCUAGCAGCAGCACUCAAUAUAUGGCAGCACCUCAAAUAGGUUCAUAUGGUGGCCCCAUGCUCUACCCUGAUUAUGCGCUGCACGUCUUUAUGCCGCACCCACCUCCAGAGUCGAUGACUUUGGUUGGAAACUUGGCACCUCCACCCAUAUAUUUUCCCACUUUUGAUACCAUCUUGUACAAUAAAAUAUUGACACAAGUAGAAUAUUAUUUCAGUGCUGAUAACUUAAGCAAAGAUAGACACUUGAGGCGUCAGAUGAACGAUGAAGGUUGGGUUCCUGUUAGAGUAAUAGCAGGGUUCAGAAGACUUGCGGAACUGACAGACAACAUUCAGACUAUAUUGGAGGCGCUGAGAAGUUCAGAAGCUGUGGAAACUAAGGGUGAAGCAUUAAGGAGGCGAGGAGAUUGGGACAAGUAUUUACUGCCUCAUGAACAACCGUCAAGCUCUGGUCCUGAAGCGGCGGCGGGGGACUCAACUUAA